CACAAUAAAUCCAGAACAAUGCAUUCUUCAUCCUCUGUAUCAAAACGCCUCAUUCUGGUCCCUAUCUUGGUCGUGGUGGCCACACAACUCCUCUUCUUACGCAGCGUUUCUUCACUAAAUCUUACCAAUGCGUAUCUUCAGCACAAAUGCUUAGUCAACCAAGGGAAAUAUAAACCGGGAAGCGACUAUGAGAAAGCCCUCAUUGAUAUCAUCCAAGGCUUCUCGGAUAAACCAAAAGAUUCGUAUGGUUUUCGUACUGGUUUCGGCGUGACAGCCUAUGGUAAAGAGCCUGAUAUAGUCGCCAUCACCUUCCAGUGCCGUAUCGACUCUCGCGGGCCCAAGUGCGCUUCCUGCAUUGUCACUGCAAGUUCUGAGCUUCUUCGUAAGAAAUGUCCGAAAGAUAAAGGGGCACUAAUAUGGUACGACCAAUGUCUUGUGGAGUUUUCUUCGUUCGAUACUACAGGGCAGAUCAAUUAUGAUGACAACUUCUGUUUGACCAGCGCUAAGAACUUGAGCAACGAUGUUAUUAAUUUUUUCGAUAGGGUGGCUUUCCUCAGUAAUCUGACAAAAUUGGCCGUCACUAAGAUAGAUAAAAAAAUAGAAGGUGUCAAGAAGCCGGUGCUGUACUCGGCGGGGGAGAGGAGAUUCGGGAGGAAUAAUCUGUAUGGAAUGGUGCAGUGUUCGGCUGACUUAUCUGGUAGGGGUUGUGAAGAGUGCAUCUCAUAUUAUUUGACGCAUUUUCAAGAAUGCUGGAAACCUAAACAAGGAGUAAGAGUUUUGAGUAGAAGUUGUAGCUAUAGGUAUGAGCUUUACCCAUUUAUUAGCGCUAAGAGUCCUUACUAUACCAAGUUUCUAAAGUAAUUUGAAUAUGUAUUUUUGUUAUUUUUAAACUUUAAAUUUCCCUUACUUAACGUGAAUUUAUAGAAUUCUCUAGCAAAAGAUAA